AUGGCGGCUGAUAGCUCAUUGCUGCUAGGCUUGGUGGAAGAAUUUGUGUCAGGACAACAAGACAGCAAGGCUACAGAAACGGCAACAGCAAUCAAGACUGGACAGUUCACAAUACUGCAGUUGGUGGAGGCACUUGGCUUAAGCCUGACAAGUUCUCAGCCCCAGACCCGUGGCCGUGGGGUGCAGCUCCUCUCUCUGGUCUUACAGGAAUGUUACAGCACUCUGUCAGACAGGGAAGUUGAGGUCCUUAUAACUUUCUAUGAAAACCGCCUGAAAGAUCAUUAUGUCAUCACACCGCAUGUUUUACAGGGACUCAAGGCCCUCACAAAGUCCUCAGUCUUGCCCCCUGGGUCAGCUGUGUCCAUUCUGAAAUCUCUGUUCCAGGAUGUCCAUGUACAGUCUCUAAUGCUGGCAGAGCGAUCAUGUGUCUACAAUAUCCUUAUCAAUCUCAUGGAGCUGAGAGAGGAGGAACUGAAGGGUUUGGGUGCAGAUUUCGUCUUUGGGUUUGUACAGUCGGUGGAUGGAGAGAGGGAUCCACGCAACCUCCUAAUGGCAUUCCAGAUUGCUAGAAACAUCAUCCAGAGAGGCUACAAUCUCGGUCAAUUCACAGAGGAACUCUUUGAAGUGACCUCCUGUUACUUUCCUAUUGACUUCACUCCACCCCCCAAUGAUCCUCACGGAAUCACACAGGAGGAGCUCAUCUUGUCUCUUAGGGCUGUCUUGACAGGAACACCUCGAUUCGCAGAGUUCCUGUUACCAUUGAUCAUUGAGAAGUUAGACUCAGAUGUUCAGAGUGCCAAAGUAGACUCGUUGCAGACACUGGCUGCCUGCGGACCCGUGUAUGGACAUAAAGAGUUGGCCGAAUUCCUCCCGGGACUCUGGUCCUCAAUACGCAGAGAGGUGUUCCAGACAGCCAGUGAGCGGGUAGAAUCCGCUGGCCUCUCCACUCUGAGCGCGCUCACUGCAUGUCUCUCUCGCUCUGUCCUCACCUCUGACUCUGAGGAUGCCCUGCACGUGUUCCUUGACCUUGUCCUUAAGGACUGUCAGCACCAUCUCUGUGAGCCUGACCUGAAGCUGGUGUGGCCUAGUGCUAAACUCCUGCAGGCAGCAGCCAAGGCUUCUUAUAGAGCCAGCCUCAUAGUGACAGCCGCAGUCAUGCCCUCUCUCUUAGAGCAGUACAACAACAGAACACAGUGUGCUCAGCGGCGCACCCUGCUGGAGGUAUUGCAAGGCUUCAUCCAACCCACACAGGCCAGCAAGCCUGCAGAUGAGGAGAAGAGCGUGCUGCUGGAAUUUCAGGAGAGUCUUUGCACUGUGGUGUUCUCUGCCUUGGCAGAGGCCAGUGCAGGGCUUCAGAUCACCGCCACAAAAGUGCUGUCCGCACUGGCUCAACAGCCAGGCUUGCUCUCACAGUCAGAUGUAGAAGUAGCAGUAGAUCACCUGACCAGACUCAUUCUAGAGGAGGAGGACACACAAGUCAGUUCGGCUGUUCUGGAGUGUGCCGCGUGUCUGGCGAGGUUACAUCCUGAAGUUUUCACGGCUAGAAUGGUUCCCCGGUUAAAGGGAGAGAUCCUCACAGAGGCUGUGAGACAGAGGUGUGUGACUGCAUUGGCAGCAGUGUCAUGUCACCUCAGUCUGGUGCAGGGGAGCACCUCUGUUUUACUGCAGGUGCUGGCAUCUGCACACACAGGAAGCGGCUCGUUCUCACUGGAGGAGGUAACCUCAGUGUGUCAAAACCUGCAGCGGAUCGCUGAGCAGGCAGAAGACACAGAGGACGUAGGCCGUUUCUUUCACAGCGUUAUCAUUCCGCGACUGCUCGGGCUGACCUUGCAGGCUGCCCUACAAAGUGAGGAUCCUCGCUCUAUUUAAAUGAACACCGUUUGCAGUCCUCUGAUACAGGAAGUGGUGCUGUCAGCCGUAGUUCCAGUCAUCAGCACAACAUGUGCACGACUAAAGGCAGAACUAGCCGCUCAGAUGGCAGCCCAGGCCGUGUCUCUUUUCUUGGAUGGAGAUGUUUCCUUCCUCCCGGAGAAUGCCUUCCCAUCUAACAUCCAGCUGCUCAAGGUUAGCAGCCAGUCCUGGAGCCAGUCCCAGCUGGUGUGUCUGCUCAUGGCUUCAGUGUGCUCACUUCCACGAAGUGUGGACAUUCCUGAGAUUGACAGACUCCUGGUUGAAUUGGAGGAGCUGAGCUGUGCCUGCCCACACCCGUUCUCUUACACUUCAGCAGCCAAGUGCUUCGCCGGUCUUGUCAACAAGAGGCCAGCAGGCCCAGCCCUGGAUGCAGUCAUGGAAAGGAUGGUUAAGAGAACUAAUGCGGAGCUGGACUCCACUUGCUCUCCACUGAGGAGACAAGCAUUCACUCUUUUGCUUUGGGUGGCCAAAGCACUGCUUCUGAGAUACCAUCCUCUGUCAACGGCCCUGACUGACAAGCUCUUCUCUCUAUUGAGUGAUCCAGAGUUGGGUUCGCUGGUGGCUGAUGGUUUCUCCCUUCUUAUGAGUGACUCAACAGAUGUCCUCAACCGCAGUUGCCAUGCCGACGUACGCAUCAUGUUCCGUCAGCGCUUCUUCACAGAGAACUCAGCCAAGCUUGUAAAAAGCUUCAAUUCUGCAGAGCCAGAGAAGAAGUCCUGUUAUCUGAAGGCUUUGUCACACUUGGUCAGUAACCUGCCACGACAGGUCCAGCUUACAGAGCUGCCUGCACUGCUGCCACUGCUCUUGGAGGCCCUCUCGUGUCCGGAUCAGGCAGUGCAGCUCUCCACACUGUCCUGUCUGCAACCUGUACUGCUGGACCCCCCGGCUGCUCUCACCACGCAGCUGGACAGCCUGAUGGUUCGCCUGCUGGCCCUUACAUCAAGCCCCGCUAUGGCAGUACGGAUUGCCUCUCUACGCUGCAUCCAUGUUCUCUCUCGACUCCCAGAACACAUGAUCCUGCCGUUCCGGGCCCGGGUGCUGCGUGCUCUGGCGGGUCCAUUAGAUGACAGGAAAAGGCUGGUGAGAAAGGAGGCAGUGUCUGCCAGAGGAGAGUGGUUUCUGGUGGGGAGCCCUGGAAGGUGAAGAACCCCUGUGUUUCUCCGACCACAGUGGGAGAAAAAGCCAGGGCGUCACCGAAAGACAGGCCCAGGAUCCCAAAAGCAUCCACAGUGGAGACGGCACCUCCUCCAAACACAUCUC